AUGGAGGGAUGGAAAAAGCUGCUGCUCGCAGCAGCAGGUGCAGCAGGCGCCAGCUGCGUCUUGUACUACCUCUUACGAGAAGAGGCAGACAAGCAGGUUGCUGAUGCAGACGGCGAGGAGAAGGAGAAGAAGGAGAAGAAGCUGACCCCAGAAGGAGAGCUGGCACAGGUGCAGCAGAUCCUUUCCGAGAUAGUAUCCUCGCAAGAGCAGAUGCUUGGCCACAUGAAGAAUCUGACCAAAGAGUUGAUGACUGAGAAGCUGAGUUUUGACCAGACCUACAAGCGGCUGAAACAAGUGCAGCCGGAUGAUCCUCUGGAGCGGUACGGCCUCACUUUCCAGCAGUUCGAUGCUUUGCUCGGCAAGCAUCAGAACGAUCCCAAGGUGAAGGAGGGCAUCCAUCACAUCAUGGGAAUGCCAGUGAAGACCGACAGCCCUGCCGAGGUGCCGGUGGUCUCAGCCGACAAAGUCAUUGAGGUCCACAAGUACAUGCUCGAGGAGGUGGAGAAGCUGGUUCAGCAGUUCAAAUCACUGAAGAGCCAGGCGACCUACGACAGCAAGACCGUGACACUCACCGCGCAAGCUAUGGUUGGUGCGAAGGUUGAGGAGAAGUUCGACUUGACUUCCGAAGACAUCGAGCGCGCCGUGGUCCGUUACCACGAGGAACUGGCCACGAACAAGGAGUUUGCAAGUGUGAACAUGCAAAUGCAAAAGGCAAUGUCCUAUCUUAUGGGCGUUGCCUGGAUGCCUUUGCGCAUCCGCGCUGGUGUCACUGUCAGCUUGCGCGAUGUUAGCUUCGCAAGUACAGCGCGGAAGCGCGUGGAGCAUGUGCUCAGCAGAGUUGCGCCAAAAAGCUGCUACUGUACUGGGUGGAUAGCGACUCCAUUCAACAUCCGAAACUUCGAAGCCUCUCUGCCAUGCAUCUACAAAGGGAAGUUGGUGCAUGGCAACACCGUACGCUUUCUCGGUGACGGGCUUCGCAUGUCGGGAUAUCUCAGCAGCAAUGAUGGCACAUGGCGACAUCUUGAAGCCUUGCGUGAUGAGUGUCAGCAUGUGUUGCAGUUGGAGCUGUGCGGAAUGAGUGGCAUGACUUUGGUUGUUGGUGGAUUUUCCGUCUUCCCCUCCAACUCCUGGACCGCUAAGUCGCUGACAUGUUGGUUCCAUCCGGGAAUGAAGCUGCCGGCCUGCCUAUCUUCGGUCAACAUGAAGGCGGCUCAAAUAUGCAUCCGAUGGCUUGAGGUGCGGUCACAUGGAUGUAAUGCUUCCGAUGUCUCCCGCGAGGACUAUCCGUUCACAAUAGUCAGUGAGGUUCUUGUGAUGGAGUUGAUGGAGAAGGUGGAGGCACGGUCAGCUUUGGGAUCAAAGCGAGUUCCCGGCUUUCCUACGACGGCACAGGCCUUUGUGGAAGAGGUCUGUGAAAAGUCGGACGAACCCGUCCAGUUCCAGAUUCAGGUGCUUUGGAACACAAAGGAUAAUAAGAAGGCCUUGAAUCCUGGAGACAAAGUGGGAGCACAUUUCGUGGAUGGGGACACCUUCGGCAUUCAUGGAGACAUAGUCGCCGCACCAAAGAGUUUCCCAAAGAUACCCGACGAGAAGAAGCUGCCAGUCACCAUCCUGACCGGCUUCCUCGGAGCCGGCAAGACAACCCUCUUGAACUACCUCCUGCAGGCUAGGCUGUCGUGGUGUGUAGCCAUGGCAACUAUGGUGCGCUCGGCAUCUCGAUUAUGUGCUGUGCUCGGUGUACUUACCUUGGCCUCCGGUGAUGAGUGUGAGGCCGGUGAUGAAGUCAAGCUUAUGCAGCUCAAUCAAAACCUUACCCGCGGGGACGAAUGUCGGGGAUUUAAAGAGUGUCCGCCAUGGCCGCUACCAUAUAAGCUUGGCGAGUAUCCGAAGAACUACCCCUGGGCGCCAAUUCCAGAGUUUCCAGAGGGAUUUGCCUGGGGACUCGGGACGGCAGCCUAUCAGAUUGAGGGAGCCUACAACGAAGAUGGCCGUGGAGCCUCGAUUUGGGACACGUUCACGGGGGCCAACACCGUGGGGAUGCCGGGUGCUGUGUGCAAGAAGGCUCCAUGCCCCGUGAACUCAGUAAUAGCUGUGAAAGGUGCCACGGGCAAUGUUGCCAACAAUCACUAUCACAUGUACAAGAAUGACGUGCAAGCCAUGAAGUCCAUGGGCUUGAAGUGGUAUCGUUUCUCAAUUGCAUGGCCUCGCAUCGUCCCCACAGGCACUUUCGCAGAUGGCAUAAACCAGGCAGGUGUUGAUUUCUACCACAGCUUGCUCGACGAGCUAAUCGCUGCGGGUGUAACCCCCAUCAUUACAAUGUAUCAUUGGGAUCUGCCGCAAGGACUGAUGGACUUUGAUUUCGAUUCGCCAAAGGAACCUUGCAACGGUGGGAAAGAGGGCUGGUACGAGUGCAGCAUGGAAAGCGGCGGCAAGCCAAAGCCUAGCGGCCUCAAGUCCAACAUUGUGAAAGAGUUCACCAACUAUGCAGAGUUUCUCUUGAAGGAGUACGGGUCCAAGGUCAAACUCUGGGCAACCUUCAACGAAGCGUACACCUUCACUUAUUUGGCCAGUGGAUACGGCAAAGCACCGUCGGCGCAGCCGUACAUGGACAUGGACAUCUGGCCGUAUGUGGCAGGCCACAACGUGAUCCUUGGCCACCUGAGUGUGGUCAUGAAGUUCAGGGAGUUUCAGAAAUCGGGGGUCCUCACGGAAGAACAUCGGAUCUUCAUCACCAACAACCAGGACUGGCGGGAGCCGCUUACGGACAAGAAGGAGGACAUUGCUGCCGCUAUGUACGAGGUGGAGCGUCAGCUUGCUUGGUUCUGCGAUCCGAUCUACGGUGUUGAUGGUGUUUUCGACUACCCUUACUCCAUGCGUUCGACUUUUCCAUACAUGCCAUCUUUCACGGAUGAAGAGAAGCAGCUUCUGAAGCAGAAUCGUCCAGACUUCUUUGGCCUGAACCAUUAUGGAACAGGCUACGCCAAGUUCGAGGAUGGCAAGAACGUCAUAGUGAAUGGCGAUCUUGCGCAAGGCAAAUCUUCCUGGCUUUAUAGGGCAGCCUGGGGCUACCGGAAACUGUUGAACUGGAUCAAAAAUCGUUACGGCUCGGACCUGGAGAUUUGGGGAACCGAAUCUGGUUGGAGCGAUGGCUUCGAGACAGCACUCGAAUCCAAGCAAGACUGGGGCCGAUUGACGUAUUAUUACACCUAUAUCUUGGAGAUGCACAAUGCCAUCAAAGAGGAUGGAGUGAACAUGAAGGGUUUCAUGGCCUGGUCGCUCAUGGACAACUUUGAAUGGGAGAUGGGCUAUUCAGAACGCUUCGGCUGCUUGUGGGUCGACCUUCAGUUCGGUGAAGAUCCGAAUGCCCCCACAGCGGCGAGCCCGAUCUACAACGCAUACUCCGGCAAGCUCGAUGGAGUGUGCACCGACUGCGAUGCUCCUAAAGUCAAGCCAGGCGCAGCGAAUGCGCAUAAACAAACUCGCCACAUCAAGAACUCUAUUCUGUUGCUCAUGUCCUUGUGGAAGAACAAUGCACUGCCCAGUUUUGAAGACUUUUUUGCAGCGGCAACUGAGCAGCGAGAGAAGAAGAUUGCGGUGAUUGAAAAUGAGUUCGGAGAAAUAUCCAUCGACGACGCACUGUUGAAGAAGGAUAAGAUUGCAUUCGCCGAGAAGGUUGUAGUUAUGGACAAUGGUUGCGUGUGCUGCACCAUUCGUGGUGAUCUCAUCGAAGGUUUCAGGCAGAUUCUCGACGAACUUGAGAAGGGCCACCACCUUGAUCAGAUUGUGCUUGAGACCACAGGCAUGGCUGAUCCAGUUCCGAUAGUCCGAACGUUCAUGACUUCAGAGGAAAUCAACGCUCGCUUGCGACUGGAUGGAGUCAUCACAGUUGCAGAUGCGAAGAAUAUCUUGGCGAGGAUAGACGACGAGGUUGAGGAGGGUCGCGUCAACGAAGCCUACCAGCAGGUGGCCUUCUGCGACAAGAUUCUUUUGAAUAAGCUCGACCUUGUGUCCUCAGAAGAGGCCAUCAGCACGAAGGAGAGAUUACGCGAAAUCAACGCCUUCGCCAAAAUAGUGCCCUCUGUUAAGGGCAGAGUGAAGCUUUCCGAGCUGACCAACUUGCGAGCUCAUGAUAUGUCAAACUUCGUUCAUGCCGAUAUCGAGAAAGAGGCAGCGGAGCUGGAGGCCAAAGAAAACGAAGGCCAUGGCGAUGGACACGAUGCGCACGGGCAUUCUGGACACGAUGGACACGGUGGCCAUGAGUCACACGGUGGAGGCCACGGCCAUGAUGCCGACUGCACCGAGGAGCACGGCCACGGCGACGGCCACGGCCACAAUGGCCAUUCCGGCGGCCACGGGCAUUCCGAAGGCCACGUCAGCGACGGUCACGGCAACGGGCACUCGGAUGAGCACGGGCAUAACGCCAAGAAGCGAAAGACCAAACACAACAGGCACGACAGCCGAGUCAACUCGUUCGCCGUCGUACGGGAAGGAGAAGUUCUGCCUGAAAAGCUGGGGAAAUUAAUGGAGAGACUCGGGCAGCUGCCGAAGGAACAAGGUGUGAUCUUCCGGAUAAAAGGCAUCCUCGCGGUCAAGAACCACCCAUACAAGCAUGUCUUUCAUGCGGUGAUGGACGUCAGCGACGAGGACGAUGCAGAGCCAUGGGCCCCUGGAGAGAAGCGAAUAACCAAAAUGGUGUUCAUCGGAAAGGAUUUGGAUAAGGCGUUCAUCCGGCAAACUUUCGAGGAAGUGAAGCGUCUCGUCAUCUCGUCACCCGCAUGUUACAGAUACGCUGAACUGAAAUCCUGGUACAGAGCCGGGUAUGGCCACUGGUUGGCAGAGACUCAUACCGCCAUGCCCAUGAGGCUCAGAUCGGACCGCAUUGGCUUCGGCUUCGGCACCUCCAAGGUCCCUGGGACCAGGGACAAGCGGAUGCAUGACAUCCACUUCACGCGUCGGCGUUUCCGACAGCCGUACAGCUACACCAGGGAGGGAAUCACGGGAUCUGUGAAGCCGAACCUCCUGGGUCAGCCAGUGUUAUGUCGUAGGGCCGAAAAGAAGUCCAGUGGCUUCGGUCUAAAGUGGGAUGGUAACUACACCGGCACCGACAACAAGACCGGGAGGAGCUGGCGACCUGAAGCACUCACCGGGCUGGGCAUGAUCCGGCUACUGUUGGAUGCCGUAGGGGAUUCCUAUGUCAUCCUCCGCAAUGUCGCGCAGUCUGCCUGGAUGGAACUGGCCGUGAAACAGCACUCGGCAGCUGAGAGGCGGAAGAUUGUCGGCCCCACAUCUGCAGUUGCGAAUUUGCGAAUGCUGAAGACGGCGUCGCCGAUGAAUGCUUUGCUCGGCAAGAAUGUGCUGCCUGCAAAAGACACCGGCAAGGUUAAGAACCAAGCAGACCACUCGGAAGAACUGGUCGAAAUGAGAGGACUUAAUGCCAACAACGAGGCCAUGGUCGACGAGCUUGUCGAUUCCCACGCUCUACGGAGCACGGAGUGCAUCGACGCCUUCAAGGCCAUCGACCGCGGACACUUCUGGCCAGCUCAAGGAGGCGACUUGGCUUACGCCGACAUGCCGUUGCGCCAUGGCCGCCUUCACCUGUCCGCACCACACAUCUAUGGGAAGGCGCUGGAGUCUCUGAUGCCUCUCCAGCCUGGCAUGUCCUUCCUGAACAUCGGAUCCGGGACGGGCUACUUCAACUCCAUCGUGUCCGAAUUUACGGGGCCCCAUGCAGCAAACCACGGCGUGGAGAUCUGGCCAGAGACGGUGGCCCAUGCAAAAGAACGUGCAGCUGCGCUAGGUAAGACCACCAUUCAGUUCACGACUGGCAAUAUCUACCAGCUUAAUGUGAACGAGACGAUGCGCUAUGAUCGGAUAUACAUCGGCGCCUGCGCAAACUCGAGAUCCAAGUACCUCUACAGGCUGCUCGAGGUCGGCGGUGUUCUGAUCGGGCCCUUUCAGGUCGGGCACAGCCAGCAGCUUCGACGGGUAGUGCGACAAACGGAGACCCACUUCUUCGUAGAGGUGCUUGGAUCUGUUCAAUUUGCGUGUCUCGUGGAGCCCAUGCAGUGCACUUCGCGAUCUAUGGCUCUAGGUGCUUUUGCCCCUCCGCCACGGACCGGAACUCACACAGAGGAGUUUCACAACUCUGCUCAAAGUGGCACCACGACUCCUGCAACAGUGUCUUCCGGCGAUGCUACCGAUGGCGAUAACCAUCAACUCGUAGGUCUUCCCGGUGUUCCUUUCACCUUCUCUCUGUUGGAGAGCCCUUGGACCCCGGAGAGGAGCUGGCUUUAUCCAGCUUCCUUCAAGCAAGCAGUUGCAACUGGGCUCCUAUGUCAGCCGAAGCACAAAGGCAUCGUGGGACUUCCUGCUGAACUUUGGAUCAAGCACAUCAUCCCAUGGUGCUCAAGGAGAUGGUUUGAGGGGCAACCAUCUCGCAGCGGCACUCCGGCAAUGCAGCCAGCGGCACACACGGAGGUGCCCUCAGCUUUGGUCCUCUCGAAGAGCUGCAAGGAUGUUGAAGAAGGGUCGGAGGACUCCGCCUCCACGAGGGCACCCUCCUCCCAGAGCACGCCGGACCGUGGCCCCUCGCACCCUCCCUUGGACAUGUGGUCACUGUCCAAUCCGGAAGCUGUCGACGAAUUUGGUGAUGACGUACUUGUGGAGGUUUGGAGCAAUGGUCAACGCCACGCGAUCGGCAUCGAGGGUGAUCCAGAUGAUGCUGACCAUGAGCGAGACCAGCGCAUGGCAGUCCCGCUACGCGUUUUGCAGCUUCUUGCAGAGGAGGCCCGAACACGCCAGCGCCGGCGACAACGAGAAUCCGAGGAAGAGAUUGAGGAAGAGGAGGAGGAGGAGAAUCCUCAGUCAGCCCAGGUCGAAGAAUCUGCAUGGAACAACGGUGACGAGGCUUGGACCUGGGAAGACGACCUGGAGGAAAUGGAGCUGGAACUGGAGGGCGAGCCUCCAGGUAUCGUGUGGCUGGAGCAGACCAGCGAUAUGCAGGAUGUCGAGGAAAUGCAGGAGGACGUGCGCAUGUUCUGA